UGCGCACUCUGAAGAAGACGAGCACCGGCGACGAGCCGCGAGACUAAAGAUGUCCGAACCAUUAUCAACGAAUUCCAACCCGGAGAGCGGCGGUGAGCUAAACAUUGUCCUGCACCCCAUCGCAACAUCAGACUUUCAGACGAAACAUGUUGAGAAGGUUUGUGAGAUCUCCAAAGUGGAUGGAGCAGCUAAAGAGCAGCCUCACACUGACUCUGAGCAACCAGAGAAGAUCCGUGCAGUUCCGAUCCACCGGCGUCCGGACCUGCUGGUUCCCUGCGCAGACCUGAUCAACUCUGAGUGGCAGAGGAGUCAGGCCGCCCGGGUUCACUCCCUCAAGAAGUCCUGUCCAGAGUUCCCCGUCUGCCUCAUUCUCCUGCAGGGCCACAGAGGGACAGAGCGGCUGCUUGGCCACGCCCGGCUCUCCCGGGUCGUAGGUCACGGCAGCAGCCUGUUCGUAGAGUCGGUGGUGGUGUCCGAGGCAGAGCGAGGUAAAGGCUACGGCCGGACUCUGAUGGAGGAGACUGAGCGCUACGCCAGAAGCAGAGGGUUCAAGCGCCUUUGCCUGACAACCCACGAUAAGCAGCACUUCUAUGCUCACCUUGGCUACGUGCUGUCGACGCCGGUGCAGAACGCAGGCGCCAUGACGACGUUUGUUCCCAUGGAUAUGCUGUUGAAGUUCUCAAGAAUGCCAAGUGAAGAGGCGAACACACAGAAACAAACACAGACAAAGAUGGCUGCUCAAGCACCACAAGGAGGUGCUGGUUUUGUAGGUUCACCUCCACCUUCUAGUUUACCUCCUCCUCUUCCGCCUCCACCUCCUCCUUCAAUCCCUCCGCCACCACCACCUCCAUCCAUCCCUCCUCCUCCUCCUCCGCCACCACCUCCCUCCAUCCCUCCACCUCCCCCCCCACCACCUUCCUCCAUCCCUCCUGCUGCUCCUCCUCCUCCUCAGUCUGCAGGGCAGAUUGUAGUUCAGACUCUGACUGAAACGCCCUACAGAGACGCCAGAGGAGUUUCCAUCUAUUGGAUGCACAAAGACAUUUGACGAACACACAAUCAAAUACACUUGGGAGCUCAUUCGCCCACAUUACUGCACACGUACAUGUUCAUAUGUGCACACAUCAAAUGACAGAAACACACACCAUCAGUGGUUUCUCAGACACACAGAAAAGAAGCGAUGGAGGAAGAACAGAGUUUGGAAAACUUCAGAGAGAAACAGAAAUGUUUCAGUAAACCAAAGACAUGCAGAAAAAAUACCUGUCAACGCCUGUAUCCUGGGCCUGAAACUCAAAGCCAAAAACAAUCAUGACACAAAUACAGAAGCAAACACACAUUUUUAAAAAAGCACCAGGAACAAAUGUUUUUAAUUUUCAUCAUACUUGUGGGACAUUUUUUAAGUGAAGAGGAUGAAGAAGUUGGUUGGCGGCCAUGUGGAUACACUCAACCUUUGUUUUCACUUCCAAAUAACUGGUUUAACCUUUUCACCACAAAUGUCACAAAACUGCACGUUAAUCUGAACUGAUUGUGUUUGCAGUGGAAACACUGUAUCUCUGUGUAUCUGCAGUGAAGCAGUGAAUCAAAUAGAAUUGGCCAACAAUAUGAAAAUAAAAAAACAGGGUCUAAAA